AUGACUAAGGGUCAAGUUCAAAAAGUCCACAGCAUCCAGUAUGCUACCAACAACACCAAGGCCGCCGCUCUCUGGUUCCAAGAACGCUUCGGCUUCGUCGAAGUUGCCGAACGUACGAUGGAGCUGGGCGCUCGCAUGGUGUGUGCCCGCGUGCUCAGAUCAGGGGACAUUGUCCUUGAGUUGAUUAGUCCGUUGGUGUCGCUUUCUGAUGCCGAGAUCGACUCGGUGUUGGCGAAACAGCAGUCGCCCGAGCUCAAGCAGAAGCUCGCUCAAGUGUACGGUGGACCUCCCUUGAGUGAGGUUAUCGAGUGCUGCCUUGUGCAACGAUACUUGAGAUGCCACAACGACGGCGUGUUUGGCAUCCGUUUUGUUGUCGACAGCGUGGCCCAAUGUAUGGACCAAGCUCAGCUUGAUUGCUCGGUGGUGAUGGACACCAUCACUAAUGCUGAAGUGACGAUGGGGUCGGUGAUGAUUCCCAGAAUCGACUUGCUCCACACGUUUGUGGAAUUGAACGGCUUUGGUGGUUAUCUUCCUGGUUUCACCAUGGUUGACUGUGACAACAAGGCUAAGUUUUUGGUGGAGCGGGUCGACCACAUCGUCCAGAACUACACCUACAACCAGAUCGAGCGCCAGGCGAAGAUUUAUAUCAACUCGUUUGGCUUCCACCGGUUCUGGUCGGUGGACGAGAACGAUAUCAGUACCGCCAACACUGCCCUUCGCUCAGUAGUGGUCGCGUUACCCGACGAGCUGCUCAAAAUGCCGCUUAACGAGCCUGUCACCAGCCACUACCGCGGCCAGAUUGAGGAGUUUUACGACUAUUUCGGCGGUGCUGGCGUGCAACACAUUGCCUUUUCCACCGACGACAUCAUCGCCACUGUCUCUCAGCUUAAACUGCGCGGAGUUGAAUUCAACACUAUUGGCGGCGAGUACUACCAGAACUUGCGCCAGCGGUUCAUUGACGACGACGUCGACCUUGGUAUCGACUUGGCCAAGCUUGAGAAGCUCCACAUCUUGGUCGAUUACGACGUGGGGUCCCGUAACCCUCAGCUGAAGGCGUGCGACUAUCUUCUCCAAAUCUUUACUCAGCCCGUGGUGGACCGGCCCACACUUUUCUUUGAAAUCAUCCAGCGUCGGGGCCACAAUGGGUUUGGUAAGGGCACGUUCAAAGGGUUGUUUGAAACGAUCGAACGCCAGCAGCAGUUGAGAGGCACCUUAAGCAGAGUUGACUAA